AUGAGUCGUGCUUUAGUUUUAAGUAAAGGUUACUUAAGCAAGAAAUUCAAUAUAAAAUAGCCAAAUGAACUUUAUAGAGAAAUACUUAAUAAUUUUAAGUUAUUCUAGGCUGAUGAAUUAUAAAAAAUUUCAACUGACGAAUUAAUUCAUUAUAUCAUAUUUCUUGGAACACAUCCUGAACGUAGAAAUUAAGGAGAAAAAGCUAAGAAAAUUACAUUGGAAUGUCUUAAAUAAUACAAAAAAAAAAUGGCUAAGAAUACAUAUGAAAUAAAUUCAUAAAUACUUUUAUCUCUAAGCAAUGUUUUAUUGUAUGAUGAAUAAAUGGUAUAAGAAAUUAUUCAAUAAGUGGAUUAAGACAAAGAAACUCUUUCAGUCAAGGAUAUGAUUAAGUUUUAACAUUGUCUUUACAAAUUAAAUAUACAUAAUGAAAAAUUAAGUGAUUAUGUUUAUUAGAAAUUUAUCAAACAAAAAGAAUAAGUAGAUUAUUUAGAAUAUAUUCAUGAUUUACAUAUUAGAUCAAAUCUUCUCAGAAUGGGUUUUGUUAAUGAACAAGAAGUUUUAUCUUUGUUGAAAGGUUUUUAAGCAAAAUUAAAUUCAUCUUAAAAUUUUUAUUAUACUUCAAAAUCAUGCUUUUAAUAUUGUUAGCUUAUGUAUAAUUUAUAUCCAGAGAUAAUUGAGAAACCCUUUUUGAAUUUACAACCAAAUGAUAGCAAUGUUUUUGCUCCAUAAUUUAAUGAUAUGCUUAAGGAUUAUAUUAUUAGUAAACAACUUGUAGAUCGUAAACUAUUUUUUUAAUCCUUUGAAUAUUAUCUAAAUUGCUAGAAUUUGAAUAUAUUAAAAGUCAAAGAAGAUGCUAUAUUCAGAAAUUUAACUUAACUUGAAUAAAAUAUUUAAGAUUUACUUAAUAAAUUAAAUUAUAAAAAUGCUAGAGCUCAUCGAGUUUUGAUUUAUGAUGUAGAUUACUUAGUUAAUCAAGACAUCAUUUUAACAUGUAAUGAUCCUGUACAUUUUGUUGAAGAUUUCAAUGGAAAGAUUCUAACGAUAAAUCCAAAUCAUAUAAUGUAAAGCAGGUAUAUAUUUAUUAAUAAGUAGAGGCAUUUGAG